UUCCUGAAGUGCAUUGUCUUCAGCUGUCUAUAUCAGGAGAGAGUUGGCUGGGGAAAUGCGCCUCGGGCCCUGACGGUUGUGCGUUUUCGUUAACAAAUGAUGCUCUUGACAGGAGCAUUUGCAGCACAGCACAGCCAGGUGCUGGAUGUGGGAUCUCUACACCUGGAUGGCUUACAGGUGGGAGGCCUGCGAGAUUAGUUUUGUUUAAACACGAGGCAUGCCAGCGCCAUCUCUUCAGUCUAGCGUAUGAGCCCAGUGAGGAAUCAUGAACCGCUUGAAACACAUGGGCAAGAUUCGGAGGCGACUGGAGGAGGUCAAGAACCAGUCAUUCCGACUGGCCAAAGCAGAUUUCAGCCACAACGAGAGCGUGCGACUAGCCACCGACGCCUUCUUGGAUGGUGGGGUCCAGUCCUACUUCAAGGCCUUGGAGGAAGAGGGAGAAGUGGACUUCCUGUCUUCAGAGGAAGCGCAAUACAUUGAGAGGAAUACCAGGGAACCUUACUAUGCCAAUGACACUCAUGCGGAUGGGGAAGCUGGGCCGAGGCAGACGAACGACACCAGGUCCAUGCCGUCGGGGACGUAUUUCCCACUCAAUUCAGAAGGCAGCGAGCCAGCCCUAUUUCACACAUGGAGCACGGCAGAAAAGCCAUACCUAAAAGAGAAGUCCAGCGCCACGGUGUAUUUCCAAACCAAUAAGAACAGCAAUAUCAGAGACCUUAUACGCCGGUGCAUUAACAAGACAAGCCAGGUACUGGCUAUUUUGAUGGAUGUGUUCAGUGAUACUGAGAUCUUCUGCGAUGUCUUAGAAGCGGCAAACAAGCGGAAAGUCUUUGUCUACUUGCUCCUGGACCACAGCAACCUCCAGCUCUUCACCGAGAUGUGCAACAAACUACAUGUCUCAGAGGAGCACUUCAAGAAUAUUUCCGUGCGAAGCGUUACCGGAGAAGUUUACUGUGCUAAAUCGGGCCGGAAAUUCUCAGGGCAAAUCCAAGAAAAAUUCAUCAUCUCAGACUGGAGAUAUGUUCUAUCUGGUUCGUACAGCUUCACGUGGCUGUGCGGCCAGGUCCAUCGCAACUUCCUCUCCAAGUUCACCGGCCAAGUGGUGGAGCUCUUCGAUGAGGAAUUCCGUCACCUCUAUGCCACGUCCAAGCCUGUGGCCGGGCUGAGGCCCCCAUCGCACACCACGCCCUUCUUGCUCGACCAGACCACAGCAGCGACCCAGGGCAGCCUCAGCAGCAGCAGCAACCGAGGAAGAACCCACACCCUGUCGGAUCUGUGCAGCGGCGGGUCGAACCACAGCUCCGCCCCACCCAAGCAGCCUCCCAGGUCUCCCGCUUACAGCGGCCCCCCGCUUUCCCCUCCCCCACUCAACAGAUCCCAUCAUUUCCAGGGCUACACCUCGUUCAAGACAACCCCGCCACCGAGCAGCGUCCAGGUCAACUACUACCAGCGACAGUACAUCACCGAUUCACCGGUGGCCCUUUACAACAAUGUGAAUCUCUACAGGUCCAUGAGAAUCUGGCCGGAGGAUGUCAACAGGGCUCCACUUUACCCAGUCUGGAGGUGUCUUCAGAAAGCCAACUUGAUUAGAUGACUG